AUGGACGUGGCUACGGAACGCGCUGGCAGGCUGCACCAACGACCAACACAGGCAUACUAUGUACCGCCUCGACGAAUCCCGUGCAGCCUGCCACCUGCGACCAAUAAGAAAGAAGAAGGAAUCCCUGCGGAGAGAUGUACCACAAAUCAGCGUGCCGAGGGGCUGCGCGAAAAACCGUCCGACAAGGGCAAGCGCAGACCCGAUGAGCAAACGCGUGGCACACCAAAUACACAAAAAUCUCCAGAAAGCAGGCAAACCUCCGUCCGUGCCUCCAAACAACAGGUAGCUAAGCCGAAAACACCGCUUGUCUCGCCCAGCGACACUAGAAAAACGAGCACUUCACCGCGACCACUCGAUAACCAUGAAGAAACCGUGAUUUCUGCCGCGAAAGCCGAGACCCCGGUGGUCAAUUAUCGAGAGCCCAUGGAGAAGAUUCAUUCUCCGAACAAUACGCAAAAACCCAAGCAAUCUUCACCACGGCAGGAAAAGAAACCGGCUCCUCCAGCAUUGCAUUUCGAUCCGAACGCCCCGAUUCUCUCGACGCCAGAGAAGGAGGGGACUUGCAUCUGUGAGCGAGCCCCAUGCCAUUUGUACUGCAAAAGGUGUUCUUAUGAGUGCAUGGGCCGCUUAAUGCGUGUCUGCCCGACGCACCCAACUCGGAUGUCUUUGAUGGAUUUGAGGGAAUGCCCGAAUACCCUCUGUCGUUCUGUUCAACUUAUCGAACUGUCCGAUAAG